AUGGGUAAAAAAAAUGGAAGUGAUGAAUCAUCCAUUAUGGUUUUGCAAGGAGAGGCUCCAAUUGUUACACCACAGCAAAAAAAUCAAGCACAAACGCUAAGAUUUAUGCAAGCUACUGUUACAUCGGCACCGAAUGAAUUUAAACCAGAUUUUGAUUCCAUGAGCAAAGAAAAGACUUCAAAUCUAAAGACUCCCAAAAAAUUGAUUCCUCACUUAAAACAUCAUUAA